AUGGGACACUCUUGGUCGGACUUCGCGGGCAGCAGUCCUAACACGGCGUCUUCAGGCGGUGCCGAUGGAAUAGACGAGACGUUAGAUCUCUCUCUGAAUAGCAAUGUCUUAACAGAGAUUUACAAGUAUACGAUGGAGGGUAAAAGCGACGAAGUGAACGAUCUGUUGAAGAAAUGCCCGUAUGUGGAUCUUAAUCAGGUUGCGUAUGUCCACACCUUUUCACUCCACCCACUUCCCUUCUCUGGCCGCGUGGGGAGGACCCCCGUCUUUGUACUUCAUGCCGCCGCGGCACUGAAACGCCGAGACAUCAUGCACCUUCUCUUACAACACGGCGCGGACCCCAAUGUGACUGACAUCGCGGGACAAACGGCGCUUCAUCUGAGCACAAUGCCGUGCCCGGGAAGUCAGUAUUGUCUUUUACCGGCUUCGAAUGAAAGCAAAGAUUUGGUGUCUCUACUCUGUAGUAAUGGCGCCAAUGUUCACUCCAAAGACAUUAUGUUGAGAUCUGCCGUCCACAAGACAGCGAUGUACGGGUUAUUAUCAUGUAUGCUAUUCCUCAUCAACGAAGGCUCGGACGCUGAUGCCCGGGACUGUGAUGACGUCACUCCAUUAAUGCUCGCUGCUGAAAGCGGACAACUAAAAACUAUGAGAGCACUUCUGAAGCGCGGCGCUAAUGUGAGAGCGAGAACGAAAUCAAACCAAACUGUGCUGCAUCAUGCUGCCAUGUUGUCGACGGGGUUGCGAAGAUAUCGCAGUAAGUUGUCGGCUGUGUCAAUUUUAAUGGAACAUGACGUUGACGUCAACGCGCAGGACGAUGCAGGACAGACACCACUUCACAUCGCGGCAAAGCGACGUGAUUACUCCGUCAUUCGAUACUUGAUUAAAUACGGGGCUGAUCUGGGAAUCAGAACCAGACAAGGACGUACCCCUUUCUACGAAUUCUUAGACGGACUUAAUCUGAAGCUAACCAGCAACGCUGUUGACGUACACAUGGCGCUGAUACUCUUUCUGCAGGAUACCGCUCGUCCUGGUCCAUUCACUGACAGUGAGGGCGUCACACCAAGUUGUUUCGCUGAAGAUGCUAUUGUGUCUGAGUUCCAACAGAAAGUGAUAGACAUUCUUCUUGAAUCGGAGAAGAGUACGUUUUCGCUUCAGUUCUUAUGUAGGUUGACAAUAAGGCGUGCCCUAACACAGCAUCGUAUGGACAGGGUCAACGACCUGCCGUUGCCCACGUCAUUGAGAGAAUACAUCAAUUCAACCACGGCAAGUUGGGUUACUGGAGACUUAUUGGAAUUAUUUUCCGAAGAAGUCAGACAACAAUUAAGGCUUUAA